AUGUCGGCGGAAGCAGUAGAGGUGAUAUCGACACCGCAGGUUUACAUGCCCAUACUGGGUUAUGUCAAAGCCGAACUUGCCAUCAAUUGCUUGAUUGUGCUGCUGGUUCUGAUCGUCGUCACUCUGCGGGUCAUUGGGAGACUUAUGGGACCUGGACUUGGAUGGGAUGAUGGAUUCGUUAUUUUUUCAACGCCGCUGGGCGUGGCAAUGUUGUGUUGUCAAGGACUUUUUGCACCUGUUGGAAAUGGAUACGAGUUAGCGAAAUACCCUGAGCUCGCCGCGAAUAUUCCUUUCAUUCUCAAGUUGACAUUCUGCAUGCAAGCCAUCUAUGUCACCCUUCUCGCCUCCGUCAAAGCGAGCAUGUUGGCCUUCUUCAUCCGAGUCUUCCCCACGAGCUUCAUGCAAAAGUCAUCCAAGGCUGCCCUCGUCUUUGUCGCUAUGUGGCUCAUCGCCUAUCUCUGCUCUUGUAUCUUCCUGUGUAACCCAGUCUCCGCUCAGUGGACUGGUCUAGGAAAGUGCGGAGCUUACAUCCCCAUGAUCCAGUCCUUGAUCGCUACCAACGCUAUUGGAGACUUGAUCAUUAUGGCACUGCCUAUGCACAGUGUUUGGAACUUGAAGACACGCCGUGCGGAGAAGAUUGGUAUCACCUCUUGUUUCGCGUUGGGUCUUGCUUGCGUUGUCUGCGCCGUCUUCCGACUCAUCUACAUCUCAACCGUCGAUCUCAACAACAACGUUACAGGAACCAUGCCCACCACCAUCUUCCUCUUCAUCCUCGAGCCUAAUCUCGCCAUUCUCUGUGUCAGCAUUCCCAUGCUCCGACCUUUCUACGCCAAGUACAAGAAGCGAAUGGGGGGAUCUCGAUUGGAUGAAUAUUCUACCGAGCGUUCAACAGGAUUCAGGGAUGCCAGCCGAUCAGGUGCCGCGAGCACCCAGCCCCAGAUUUCUCGAGACCCAAACUUGUCGACCUGGGAGAUGGACGAUUACAGGCCAACAAAUGAUAAGCUCCAGCACGGUUAUGCCGUCACAGGAUUCCCUGAUGAGUCAGGGUCGGAGAAGAACUUGACUGUUGGAUCUUCUGAGAUGAAGAACAACGAGAUCAGUGUUGAGACUCGAUGGACAGUUACUCACUCCCGAAAGUAG